GUAUUGUCUUAAUAGCAAUUGAAGACAAUUAACGAGAAUGUUGUCUAAAUGUGUGUCGAUAUCUCACGUCACUCUCUAUGUCUCAAAUGCGAGACAAACGGCACUGAAUUUUUGUCUUCAGUACGGAUUCAGUCCAUUCAGAUAUCGUGGUCUCGAAAGUGGCGAUCGGUUGCGCUCUUCGCACGCCGUCAUCAACAACGAUGUCGUCUUCGUCUUCGUGUCGCCACUAAUCCAUUGCGAAGACAACCAUAACAUCUGCACACAUAUCACAAGACAUGGAGACGCCGUCAAAGAUAUUGCGUUUAAUGUCAACUCAAUGGACGAUUUGGUUCAACACAUCAAACUAAAUAGCGGUCAAGAAGUGAAACAAUGGUCCGAAUCUGAUCCCAAAGGAAACGUUAAGUUUUCCCGACUUUCGGCUUUCGGGGACACAACCCAUACACUCAUUGAACGCAAUGGUUAUCCAAAAGAGCUGUUCCUUCCGGGCUGGCAGUCGUCAACACUGGAGUCGGCCCUCAAGAAUAGUUUGUGGUCGAAAUUAGAGCCAACAAACAUCAGGUUCAUUGACCACUUGGCCAUUAACCAACCCGUCGGCCAAAUUCAGCCACUUAUCAAAUGGUAA